AUGAACUCACCGCAGCGUCCAUUAGCGCGUACGCUCGUGGCACACUCACCGGAGCGUGAUAAACAACCGCCACCGAUCCCAACCGGCAACGACCUAGAGUCCUCGCUUCUCCAAAUCUUCACCGAUCAUCAGCACACCUCUCUCCGUCUCCGCGAAACCACCGGUUUUGUGAUUGAGACAGAGAGAGAGAAGAAAGAAGCGGUGAGAAAUGCGUUGAGAGUGGCGGAUUUGUUGGUGGAUGGAGUGAAUGGAGGAGUGCAGGAAUCCUUCGUUAAUGAGAAGCGAAUUGAAAUGGAGAUUAGAGCUUUGGCGGCGAGUAUUGCGAAGUUUAUGAAGCAGAGUGACCAGUGGCUUACUGCUACUCAUUCUAUUAAUACUGCUAUUAAGGAGAUUGGGGACUUUGAGAACUGGAUGAAGACUAUGGAAUUUGAUUGUAAAAGCAUAACCACAGCGAUACAUAACAUUCACCAAGAAUGA